UACAGUUGUAUUCAGUUCCAAUGUGUUAUUGGAGGUCUCUGUUGAGUUGAUGCUAUGAUUGACAUCAGUCCCAUUGAAAUUGGUUUCAUUCAGUGGCGCAUCUGUUGUGUUAAACAAGGUUAUGUUGAUUGUAAAGGCUGUUGUAUUUGAUUGAGUUGUAUUGAACAGGGAGUCUGUUGUGUUGGAAUAAGUGACAUCAGUUGUAUUAAAAGUUGUGAAGUUAAGUGAAUACAUUGUAGUAUUGAAUUCAGGUGUAUCUGUAGUGGUAUCAGUUUCAGCAUCUGUGGUCUCCUCCACUGUAGAAUCAUUCAGAGGUUGUGUUGUGUAAUAAGGAAUGGCUGUUGUAUUGAAUUCAGAUGUACUGUCAAGAGGUUGAGUUGUAUUUGAUUCAUUUACGUUACUUGGUGAUUCUGUAGUGUGGGUUAGGCUUGUAUUAUCGGAGUGUGUUGCAUUUUCAAAUAGAGUGGUUGUGUUAUAUUGUGUAACAUGUGGGUAUUGUGUUGUGGUAUUUAAGACAGAAGAGCUCACAUUUGUUGUGUUUUUGAGGUUUGUAGUAAUUUUAAGUGUUCCGUUAACCUCUGUCACAUUAGGUAUUAUUAAAUCUGUCCUAUUUUCUAUGAGAGUUGUUACAUUGUGAGUGAAUAAUGUAGUGUUAAAUAUUGUUGUAUUGUCUUGCCCAGUAAUGUUUAAAUGUGUUGUGAAUGUGGUGGUGUGUUGUGUAGUGUUUAAUGGGGGUGUUGUUUCAUUUAGGUGUAAUGGUGCUGUCAAGUUAAACAGUGUUGUAUUUGGCAGAAAGGUUGUGGUGGUGGUGGUGGACACUUCGCCAGAGAUUUGAGAACUACUUGUGUUAGAUUGUGUCGCAUUUUCCAGACUUUCGGAUGUGAAAGUUGAGUUUGGAACUUUCACUGUUGUAUUGAAUGGUGUGACUGUUGUAUGAUGUAGUGCAGUUGAGAUGAGUGGCAUGGCAGUAGUUAAGUGAGGUGCGACUGUUGCAUUUAAUGGUCUAACUGUUGUAAUAAGAGUUUCACUUAUCUGUGCUGUUGUAUUGGGUGGUGUUGUUGUUUCCACCUCAGAAGGUGGUAUGGCUGUUGAAAUGAGUGGCAUACCUGUUGUAUUAAGUGGCAUGAUUAAUGUGUUGAGAGUUGUUGAAGUUUUAUCAAGUGUUGUGACUGUUGCAGCAGUUGUGUCAAUUGAUGUGGCUGUUGUACUGACUGUAGGGGUUGUUGAACUGAGUCUUGUGACAGUUAGGUUGAGUGGUAUGACUGUUGUAUUGACUGGUGAAUAUGUUAAGUUUUGUACUGUAACUGUUGUAUUGACUGGUGGGGUUGUUACAUUGAGUGCUAUAUCUGUUGUACUGACCAACGAGGUUGUUAUAAUGGGUGUGCCUGUUGUGCUAACUGGUGCGGUUGUUAUUUUAGGUGUUGUAUUUGUUGCACUGAUCAGUAAUGGUGGUACAUUAUGUGGUGUAGUUGUUGUGUUGAUUGUCGUUUCUGUUGUUUUGACUGGUGAGGUUGUUAUAUUAUGUGGUGUACUUAUUGUAUGGACCAUUGAGGCUGUUACAUUGAGUGUCGUAUCUCUUGUACUGGCCGGUGAAUUUGUUAUAUCGAAUGUGGUUUCUGUUAUAUUGUGUGUUGGAUCUAUUGUAUUGACCAGUGAGAGUGUUAAAUUGAGUGUUGUUUCUGUUGUACUGACUGGUGAGGUUGUUGUAUUGUAUGGUGUACCUGUUGCGCUGACUGGUGGGAUUAUUAUAUUAUGUGUCAUAUUUGUUGUACUGAUUGGUGAUGUUGGUAUAUUGUUUGAGGUACCUGUUGUGCUGACUGGUGAGGUUGUUAUAUUGUGUGUUGUAUCUGUUGUGCUGACUGGUGAGGUUGUUGUAUUGUGUGUUGUACCUGUUGCGCUGACUGGUGGGAUUAUUAUAUUGUGUGUCAUAUUUGUUGUACUGACUGGUGAUGUUGGUAUAUUGUUUGAGGUACCUGUUGUGCUGACUGGUGAGGUUGUUAUAUUAUGUGUUGUAUCUGUUGUGCUGACUGGUGAGGUUGUUGUAUAUUUUGAUAUACCUGUUGUACUGAUUGCUAAAUUGUGUGGCGUACCUGUUGUAUGGGCAUUUGAAGUUGUUAUAUUGAGUGUCGAUUCUGUACCUGUUGUUGUGAUUGGUGAGUUUGCUAUAUUGUUUGAUGUAGCUGUUGUGCUGACAUGUGAAGUUGUUAUAUUGUGUGGUACUACAUUGAGUGUUGUAUGUUUUGAACUGACCAUUGAGGUUGUUAUUUUGUCUGUUGUAUCGACUGGUUGAGUUGUUACAUUGAGUGUUGUAUGUGUUGUACUGACCACUGAGGUUGUUAUUUUUUCUGUUGUAUCUAUUGUAUUGACCGGCUGGGCUGUUACAUCAAGUGUUGUAUGUGUUGUAGUGACCAUUGAAGUCAUUAUAUUGUGUGAUGUAUCUAUUGUAUUGACCAGUGGGGUUGUUUCAUUGAGUGUUGUGUGAGUUGUACUGACCACUGAGGUUAUAUUGAGUCUUGUUUUGACUUGUGAGGUUGCUAUAUUGUAUGGUGUAUUUGUUGCACCGACUGUUGUUGUUAAUAUAUCAUGUGCCGUAUUUGUUGAACUGACUGGUGGGGUUGUUACAUUGUAUGUUGCGCUGACUGUUGGGGUUAUUAUAUCGUGUGUCGUAGUUGUUGUGCUGACUGGUGAGGUUGUUAUAUUGGGUGUCUUAUUUGUUGUACUGACCAGUGAUGCUGGUAUAUUGUUUGAUGUACCUGUUGUACCGACAGGUGAGGUUGUUAUAUUGGGUAUUAUAUUUGUUGUACUGACCAGUGAUG